GUCUUCCCGACGCACACCUCGCCCGGUGUAGCAAGAGCUCGCGCCUGCCUGCCUCCACCUCUCGCCAGCUCCGCCCAGCUGCUCAGCCGCAUCCUCGUCUAUCCGUCCUAUCUACCUCUCAUCUCGGCUUGACAUCUUCCAAUCUAAAUCUCUUACAAGACGAGCCUUCCCUCAGACGAUCAAGAUGGCUUCGAGCACAGACUUUGUGCCCACGUUCAGCGUGGGCGACUACACACGCUUCUUCUCGGCAGGAGCGCUGUGCGCUACGAUCACCCAUGGUGGUAUGACGCCCAUUGACGUGAUCAAGACGCGUAUCCAGCUCGAGCCCAAGGGCUCCCCCAACAGCACCAUGGCCACCAUGGCCAGGAAUAUCAUCGCAACCGAGGGUGCCUCUGGUCUCCUUACCGGUUUCGGCCCCACUGCCGUUGGAUACCUCAUUCAAGGUGGAGCCAAGUUCGCCGGAUUCGAAUACUUCAAGGCCAAAUUUGCUACUAUGGCAGGCUCGAGAGAGGCGGCAGAGAAGUACAGGAUGGCCAUCUACAUUGGAGGUGCUUCUGCUGCUGAAGUCAUCGCUACCACCUUGCUGACUCCGCUCGAGGCGGCUCGAAUCAGGCUGGUCUCGACGAGGGGCUAUGCCAAUGGGCUGGUGGGAGCUGUUGGCAGAAUGGCGAGGGAAGGUGGCCUGAGUGAAUUCUAUGCCGGAUAUGCUCCGAUCUUGUGCAAGCAGGUGCCCUACGCUAUUGGUCAAUUCUACACCAACGAGACAAUGCACGAGCUGGUCGGGAAAGUCCCUUCUCUUGACAAGCUGGGCAAGUCGGGCAAGGCGGGCGAGGUGACCGUCCAGCUCGGCUGUGGUCUCACAGCAGGAGUCGCUGCCGCCAUUCUCUCGCACCCAGCAGACACGCUCCUGUCCAAGAUCAACAAGGGCGGUGGUGGAAGCGGAAGCGCCAUGAGCAAGCUGAUCACACUCGCCAAGGAGACUGGACCCGUGGGCAUCUGGGCCGGACUGGGAACGAGGAUCGCAAUGACUGCUUUCCUCGUGGGAGGCCAAUUCCUCAUCUAUGGCCAGAUCAAGCAGGCCUUGGGAGCGCCCGCUGGUGUGUCUAUCACCAAGGCAGAGGUGGAGAAGUCGUAGUAAAUGCGCACAAGAGGGAGAGGAGGAGGGAGCUGGGAAGCGGAGACGCAUCUUGUUGUAUAGACCAUCGUCACGGGCUCGAGCGGAUAGUGAAUGUAUUGGCUCACCUAUACGCAUGGGGAUUGUGCGCUGCCUCUGCCGGAGUCACGCUCUUUCGCUACCUCGGUUCAAAUGCUGAUCUGACUGACCUCUGCGCCACGGGGAUCGAGCGCUUGCCGGGGGAUGAAUAUUCGCUACGGCCAACGUGCGCCCUACUCACGAGUGGCAAACCUCUG